GCGUCCCUAUUUGAAUUUUAAUUUUUGAAAUACAAAUAUUUAGUCCUAUAACAAUUUUUUUUUUUUUUGUUCUUUUGACUAUGUCUUAGAAUUUAAUAAUCUUUUGUUAUUGGAACAUUUUUAGUUUGUAUAAUUCUCAAUCAUAAUGGUUCGUAAAAAAAUUGAUAAUCGCAUCAGAACACUUAUUGAAAAUGGUGUUAUAGCUGGCCAUCGUACUAUGUUCGCAAUUGUUGGCGACAAGGGAAGAGAUCAGGUUGUUAUAUUGCAUCAUAUGUUGUCAAAAGCAACUGUUAAAGCCAGACCAAAUGUAUUAUGGUGCUAUAAAAAAGAAUUAGGGUUUAGCAGUCAUCGUAAGAAACGCAUGAAAACCAUACAACAUAAAGUUAAAGCUGGCAAACUUAAUGUAAAUGAAGAUGAUCCAUUUGAAUUAUUUGUUGCUUCCACAAAUAUUAGAUAUUGUUAUUAUUCUGAAACCCAUAAAAUUCUUGGUAAUACAUAUGGAAUGUGUGUAUUACAAGAUUUUGAAGCAAUGACUCCAAACUUAUUAGCACGUACUAUAGAAACUGUAGAAGGUGGUGGGCUUGUGAUAUUUUUACUACGGUCAUUGCAGUCCUUAAAACAGCUGUAUACUCUUACAAUGGAUGUUCACGAACGGUUUAGAACAGAAGCUCAUCAAGAUGUUAUUGCAAGGUUUAAUGAAAGGUUUAUGCUGUCUUUAGUAUCCUGUAAGCGAUGUUUAGUAGUCGAUGACCAAUUGACAGUAUUACCGAUUUCAUCCAAAGUACUUGAUUUAGUACCAGAAGAAAAAACAAAUAAUCAAUCAAUAAAUGAUCAAGAAUUAGCUGCUUUAAAAGAAAAUAUGAAAGACACUCAGCCAGUUGGAUGUUUAGUUAACUGUUGUAAAACUGUUGAUCAAGCUAAAGCAUUACUGACAUUUAUUGAAGCAAUAUCUGAAAAAACUCUCAGAUCUACGGUGUCUUUAACUGCUUCUCGUGGUAGAGGAAAAUCUGCUGCCCUUGGAAUAGCUGUUGCAGCUGCUGUUGCAUUUGGUUAUUCAAAUAUUUUUGUUACAUCACCUUCACCUGAAAAUUUAAAAACAUUUUUUGAAUUUGUUUUUAAAGGUUUUGAUGCUCUUGGAUAUCAAGAACAUUUAGAUUAUGGAUUAGUUAGGUCAACAAAGCCUGAUGAUAAUAAAGCUUUGGUUCGAGUAAAUAUUUUUAGAGAUCAUCGACAAACUAUACAAUAUAUAGUUCCAACAGAUUCAAAUAAAUUAAGCCAAGCAGAAUUAGUUGUCAUUGAUGAAGCCGCUGCUAUUCCACUUCCACUUGUUAAGGCUAUGCUUGGUCCUUAUUUAGUAUUUUUAGCAUCUACAAUUAAUGGUUAUGAAGGCACUGGUCGAUCAUUGUCAUUAAAAUUAUUGCAACAACUUCGUUCUCAAGCUACAACUAUUGGUAGCAAUAUAAAUGAUAAAGCUGGUCAAAAUGCUAUAACAGGACGUUUUUUGAAAGAAGUGACUUUGGAAGAAUCUAUACGUUAUAAAAAUGAUGAUGAUGUAGAAAAAUGGUUGACAAAUCUUUUGUGUCUUGAUGCAACAAAUAUUGCUCCAUUGCUUUCUGGAUGUCCUCCUCCUGAUAUAUGUGACUUAUAUUAUAUCAAUAGAGACACAUUAUUUUGUUACCAUAAAGCUUCUGAAGCUUUCUUGCAGCGAAUCGUUUCAUUGUAUGUAGCUUCACAUUAUAAAAAUAGUCCAAAUGAUCUUCAAAUGAUGUCUGAUGCUCCUGCACAUCAUUUAUUUUGUCUUCUUGGCCCUGUUGAUGUAAAUAUGAAAAGUUUACCAGAGGUUUUAUGUGUCAUUCAGUUGUGUCUAGAGGGUGAAGUAUCUCAAACAUCGGCAUCAGAAGCAUUAAAACGUGGUAAAAGAGCUGCUGGGGAUCUUAUACCAUGGACGAUAUCUGGAUGUUUUCAAGAUGAACAAUUUCCAUCUUUAGCUGGAGCUCGUAUUGUUCGAAUUGCUACACAUCCAGACUAUCAAAGUAUGGGGUAUGGUUCUAGAGCAUUAUCAUUAUUGAAAAUGUAUUAUGAGUUUUUAAUACCAAAUAUUGAUGAAAGAAAAUUCCCUAAAGAAAAUAUUGAUUCUAUUCAGGAAGAAGAAGUAGAUUUAUUAGAAGAAAAAAUUGAGCCGCGUAAUAAUUUACCUCCAUUAUUACUGAAACUAAGUGAACGACCUCCUGAACGUUUAGACUAUAUUGGUGUGUCAUUUGGUCUCACGGGUCCACUUUUAAAAUUCUGGAAGAAAUCUGGAUUUAUUCCAUUAUAUAUUAGGCAAACUAAUAAUGAAUUAACUGGAGAACAUUCUUGUAUAAUGAUUUCAACUUUAAAUACAUCAAACUCUAAAAAUCAAAAUUGGUUGUCUCAAUUUUGGAUAGAUUUCCGAAAACGUUUUAUCUCACUUCUUGGUUACCAGUUUCGUAAAUUUUCCCCUCAAUUGGCUUUAGGAGUCUUACAUAAUACUAAUAUAACUAUACAAAUAAAUAAAGAUAUAUUAAAUAAAACUGAGUUGGAUGUUCAUUUAAGUGCUUAUGAUAUUCUUCGGUUAGAAAAAUAUUGUAAUAAUAUGGCUGAUUAUCAUCUAAUAAUGGAUCUUUUACCAACUUUAUCAAAAAUUUAUUUCCAAAACAAGCUUGGAGAUACACAUUUUUCUGCAGUUCAAAAAGCUUUAUUGUUAGGUUUGGGUUUACAAUACAAAACUGUAGAUGAUCUUGCUGAAGAAUUUAAUUUGAUACCUUCACAGUUACUUGGCUUGUAUAAUAGAAUGAUGCGUCGUAUUCUACAAGUAAUAAAUGGAAUAAUGGAACAAAAUGUUCAUAAUCAAAUGCCUGUCUUGCAACAAACAAAUAGUAAUGAGUUAAGACCACUAGCUAAACCUUUAGAUGAAGAAUUGGAUCAAGCAGCUAAAGCUUUGAAAAAGAAACAACGUGCAGAGCUAGAAAAACUAAAACAAGAAAAUCUUACUAGGUAUGCAAUUAAAGGAACAGAAGAUGAGUGGGGAAAAGCUCUUGGAAAUUCUGGUAAAACUAAAAGUCUUAUUAGUGUAAAAAGUGGAGAAAAAAGAUUAGCCGACCCAUCUAAGUUUGAACCUGAAGAAGAAAAUGAACCAAAAAGGAAAAAAAUUAAAAAAAAAUUUAGAAAAAAAUAGUUUUAACUAUAUAUAAUUUGUUUUUUGAAUAUUU